AUGCCAGAAGUAUCUGAUCAAUUCUUUUCUUUACAAAUAAAAUUGAUAAGAAAAUAUUUAAAAUUCAAAAUAUUGGAAGACAAUAUAAGAUUUAGAGAUCAUGAGAACGAAAGGAAACAUGUGUAUGAUUUAAUAUCACGAGCAGUUUUACAAGGGGAAUCUCAUUCUGCUUUGAUUAUCGGACCUCGUGGAUGUGGAAAGACUACUCUUAUCAAUUCAGUACUGCAUCAGGUUGCAAGCGAAGCAGAUCUAGUGAACGAUGCCAUUAUUGUUAAAUUGAAUGGCCUCGUACAUCAUGAUGACAAGAUUGCCCUUAAAAGUAUUACAGCACAGAUGCAAUUAGAGAAUGCGGUGGGGGACCGGGUGUUUGGAACUUUUGCUGAGAAUUUAAGUUUUCUUCUCAGCUGUCUUAUGAGUGGAGUAGAUAGGAGGUGUAAGAGUAUGGUGUUUAUUUUGGAGGAGUUUGAUAUGUUCUGCCAUAGCAAUAAGACCCAGACAUUGCUGUACAAUUUGUUUGAUAUAACACAUAGCAAGCAAGCUCCUAUGUGUGUUCUUGAACCUUGUAUAACAAAUAGAAUAGAUGUAAUGGAGUUGUUGGAAAAGCGAGUGAAGUCCCGUUUCUCACAUCGCCAUAUAUUUAUGUUUCCAAAUGAAGCAGAGCAAGGGUGUAAGUCGCCCGUUCAUACUUACAAAGAUGUGCUGGUACAAUGUUUAAGUUUGCCAUUUUCUGUGAAAAAGGAUAAAAAAAGAAAAAGAAAGUCUGUUGCGACAGAAGAUAUGGACACAGAUAAUACAAAUACCAUCCAAUUUUCAAUUCCAAUGGAAAUUCUAACUAAAUACAAAAUGGAUGCCACACAAUUCCAACAAAUACAAUCUAAUUUUGCAGAAGAUUGGAAUGCUCACAUUCAAAGUCUAGUCGGAGACCAAAAAGUAUUGGAUUCGUUGGAAAAAUUAUGUUAUUAUACAGUUAACGAACAAAUAUUCAGAGAUAUAUUGUUUCAAAUAGUAUCGAAAUUGUCACCAACAAAUCCAUUCAUAGAUUCCCACCUGCUUUCAUGUGCCAUAGACAAUGCAGUGGCGCCGGAGCAUAGAGUUAAGUUGCUACAAUCAUUGUCUAUACUGGAAUUGUCUCUGGUCAUAGCUAUGAUGCAUGGUAUGGAGAUAUUUGAUGGACAACCGAUGAAUUUUGAAAUGGUGUUGCACAGGUACACAAAAUUCGCGAACACCAACUCGUCAACACAAACAGUACCACGACCAGUGGUUCUCAAAGCGUUCGAACAUUUGCAAGAGUUAGAAAUAAUAAUGCCAGUAAAAACAACGGAUUCGAUAUACAAUACAGAUACAACUACGAGUAGAGUCCAAAAAGAAUACAAAUUAUACACCCUGGCUUUGCCUAUUGAUGAUAUCAGAGAAGCAGUCAAAGGUUUCAAAGCUUUGCCCACUGAAAUUAACCAUUGGUUCAAUAGUUCAAUUGUU